AUGGUCUUCCUGGGCCGGCGUGAACGGAUCUCUAUGGAGGAGGUGGGGGCUACCAGCCUUGUGCCAAAUCUGCUGAUGGAAGAUGAUGUGCCAGAGAUGAACCAUGUAAGUUUGAAGGCUGAGCACAAGGCUGCAGCCCUGCAUUUGGCCAGAGUGGCGCGCAGGCACCAGCGCUCCUUGAAGCCUUUGAGACCGCCCCUGAAACGCCUGGCGGUGGGUGGUCACAUCAUCGUUUUGGCCGUUGGCACAGAGACCAAUGAGGACUUGCGCCUGGGCAUUGAGCAUUUCGUGAAGUGCCUUGGCUGA